AUGGAAGACGCGCAUUCAAUCGUCGUCCCAUUUGGCGGCAUCCGCGGACAAGGCGUUUUCGCGAUAUUCGACGGCCACGCGGGAAAACAUGCUGCAGAGUGGUGUGGGGCAAACUUUGCACCGUGCCUCGUAAAUGUCCUCCGCAAGGACAAGAGCGCAGCCAUCCCGGACGUGCUCAACCAAACCUUCUAUGAAGUGGACAUGAACCUUUCGAGACUGUCAGAAGAGUCGGAAGGCAAGAUGCAUUCCGGCUGCACCGCGGUUACCGCGUUCCUUCGUCUCGAGGACGAGAAUGGCGGGCAAUCCUUCCUCCCGCCGGACUUCGAGCCGCUUUCCCCAAGUGUCUCCGGCGUGUCCAACAACGAUGAGGCGGGUGCCGAUGGAGAGGCCCCGAAGAAGAGCACGUCGAGUAAGCUUAUACAUGCUAUCAAGACGCUGGGAAGCGUGUCUUCACACUCUGCUCCGUCUACCGACACAGGCGAAUCGCAACCGUCUCCCUCGUCGGAGCAGUUCUUUAUUCCCCCAUCCACUGUGCGCCGGGUGUUGUACUGCGCAAACGCGGGCGAUGCUCGGGGCGUGCUGUGUCGCGGGGGCAAGGGCGUCCGGCUGACGUACGAUCACAAGGGAUCAGACAAGCAGGAGGCGAAGCGCAUCAUGGACGCGGGCGGCUUUGUCAUGAGCGGCCGGGUCAACGGCGUGCUCGCCGUCACCCGCAGUCUGGGCGAUUCAUCGAUGAAGGAGUUCGUCGUCGGCUCCCCGUACACCACAGAAACCGAGCUUAGCGAGGAGGAUGAAUUCCUUAUCCUGGCCUGCGAUGGGCUGUGGGACGUGGUCAGCGACCAGGCCGCGGUCGAGCUGGUUCGCGGAAUGGCAGAUCCCCGCAAGGCUGCAGAAGAGCUCCUGGAACACGCGUACCGCAACUACUCGUCGGAUAACGUCACCGUGCUCGUGGUCCGCUUCCGCGAUCCCCCCGAGAACGUGCGCGCGAACUGA